AUGAAGCGUAAGCUCAAAGCAAAAUCAAUUGAGGUAGCCGAAGAUCAGCCGCUCUACUUUGUAAGGAAGCAGAUCCGAUCGCGGCAAUCGCGCCGCCGCAGACUUCACAUUUCCCCUAUUGUUGCAUUUCUGGAGACCAGCUCGCAUAUUACAGCAGUUAGUGAAGUCUCGUGUGAUUCGAGCAUCGCAUCGGUUAGCAACCAGAAACCUCCAUUGGCAGAUGAGUUCCGGAGAAUUGUUACUAGAACGUAUUACAGGAAGCAUUUUAAGGAGAGAAAUCGUGAUGAAGUGGUUGAGUUAUCGGAUAAUUCAUGCGUGGAGUCGUGCUCAGGAGUAAACAGAGAAUUGAAGAGUAAGAAUGCAGAUGUUGAGGAAUUAGAAGGUCAAGGAGGAGACGCUACCAAAUCGGAAGUUUCUAGCGUUUCUCAGCUUUCAUAUCCGCAGAGAAAUCAGUGGAAAGUGAAGGAAAAUGAUGAAUCGGUUCAUAUUGCUCUAAAUCAGGUAGAGUUUGAGGUUCCAGGAAUUGAAGAAAAUUUUGGUAAAGUAAGUGCGCAUUACGAGGCUGAAACUCAUCACUCAUUGAAUUGCAGCGAUGUAUCACUACAUUCCAGUGAAAAAACAGUUAAAAUCAGUGAAAGCAGAGCGACUGCUGAAGAGCUACCACUUCCAAAACUCUCAUUCGACAUUGAUUUAGCUUGCUCAGAACAGUUCUCAAACGGAGGUAUCAUCAAUGACGGAGAAGAAACAGAAGAGCACAACUCCUCUUUGUCGGAAAUUUUCCAUGUAACUUCAGAUUCAGAACUGGACAGUUCGGAGUACACACCAUGCUUUUGGAGUUACGCAUCUGGAAGUCAAUUUUCUGAGAAAUCUAUAGGAGAUGAGAGCUCUUCCCCUACGUUUGAAUUGUUCAGGCAGUUUAAACAGCUGUUUUGCAGAUCGGCGUUUAUCUUAAAAGCCUGUGAGGAUCACAACUCUUGCGAAGCGAAUGUAUUGGGGGUAGAAGAUGAAGAAUAUGAAGAGAUGUACACAAUGAUGAGGAAAAGAGAGAGGAGACAGAAGUAUGUGCAUGACUAUGCUGAAGAAUACCAUAAUACUACUGACUAUGGAGAAUUGAUUAUUCAACAACGCUUGCACAUGGUCCACUGGAUUGUUGAGCAAUCCACCAACAGGGAGCUGCAAAUGGAAACCAUGUUCUUAGGAGUCAAUCUUCUUGAUAGAUUUUUUAGCCAAGGAUAUUUCAAAAGCAUGAGACAUCUUCAGAUUGCUGGCGUUGCAUGCCUCACUCUAGCCACCAGGAUUGAAGAAAACCAGCCUGAUAACUGUGUACGGAAAAGGACAUUCCACGUGGGAAGUAGCACAUAUAGUCGGUGUGAAGUGGUGGCAAUGGAGUGGCUGAUUCAGGAAGUUCUUAGUUUCAAGUGCAUCCUUCCCACCUCAUACAACUUCUUAUGGUUCUACCUAAAAGCUUCUAGAGCUAAUGACGAUGUGGAGAAGACAGCCAAAUACUUAGCCGUACUCACACUGAUGGGCCAUCAACAGCUUUGUUAUUGGCCUUCAACCAUUGCAGCUGGGCUUGUUAUUCUUGCAGCAAUUGCAGCCAAUCAAGACGCAUCCUGCCACCGCAUUACCGCUAUUCACGCCAGAUUGAACGACACCGAUUUACCUCAAUGCUUGAAGAGCCUGGCAUGGUUGGUGAAGUACCUCUGAGUGGUAGCAACACUUUUCAAGUAUAUAUAGUGCUCAUAAGGUAACAUUCUAAACACCAGUAGUAGCAGAAUAUUUGCUUCAUUCUUUC